CAGAUUCGGAGGAGUGGCCGUUAGUCAACGACCCUUUGAAGUGCUCUCUCUUAUCUAUCAAAGAUAUUUUGGAGGGUUUGCUUCUUCUCAAAGCAACGCAAAAUACCCAAAAAGGCUUGUGAUUUGAUCUGUUUGAGUCUUCUCUGCUGGUACAUAAUCACAUUUUGAAACAUGGCAGAUGAUGUUGAGUACCGCUGCUUUGUUGGUGGCCUUUCGUGGUCAACAGCUGAUAGGGACCUAAAAGAAACUUUUGAAAAGUUUGGCCAUCUUCUUGAGGCAAAGGUUGUUCUUGACAAGGUCUCUGGACGCUCUCGUGGAUUUGGAUUUGUCACUUUUGAUGAGAAGAAAGCAAUGGAAGAUGCUAUUGAAGAAAUGAAUGGCAUGGAUUUGGAUGGACGAACUAUUACAGUGGAUAAGGCUCAGCCUAACCAAGGUUCAGGUAGAGACAACGAUAGAGAUCGCCCCCGUGAUCGCGACCGUGGUCGUGAUCGCAAUCGUGAUUCCGGAGGUGGUAGGGGAUCUGGAGGUGGAGAAUGUUAUAGGUGUGGUAAGCCAGGGCAUUUUGCUAGGGAAUGUCCAGGUGAGGAGGCUCGAGGUGGCAGGUAUGGUGGCAGGGAGGACAGGUAUGGUGGUGGUGGUGGCGGUGGCGGUGGCGGUGGUGGUAGCCGUUAUGGUCCUGAUCGGACUGGAGAUCGAUUUGGUGGACGCAACAGGGAUUCUGGUGGUCAUGGUGGAGGUGAUCGAUAUAAUCGUGAACGUUCUGGACCUUAUGAUCGCCGGGGUGCUGGAAGUUUCUGA